UAUUAUACGUUCUCUGUGUUUGGCCCAGAAGAAGAAUGGAAUAAAAACAAAAUUGGAAAAGUUUUGCUUAUCGGAAUACCAGUAAAUGCAGAGAACUUCGACUUGUAGCUGGAAGUGCACGAGUAUACACAUAACCAAUCGGCGUAUCCACUACCGAGAUUCAAAGUGUGCAGCAAAGUUGACAAGUAGAGAGAGUUAGCAAUGUGUGCCGGAAGAAUACAAAUCCAUUGAGAGCGUUAUUGUUGGAUAUUGAGUGGAGCUGCGCUCCCUGGAGGCACGACACAACGACAAAUCGUUUGCAUUUCAUAUUUAAGGGAAAAUCAAAUCAAAGGGAGUAACGAAUUUCAGUUGAUUUCUGUUGUUCCGCGAUUGAUGUGAGUUGAAAAAUAAAUGCGCUUGUCUCACGUACAUAUUACGGUGCCAUAUCAAAUGAGAAGAACACCAAGAAAUAUUAACUAAAUUGGCGGUCGUGGAAAAAGCACAAAAUCGUUCGGAAAAUAAAUUAAGUUAUUCUUUAUUUCAUUAAUAUAGUGAAACGAAUUGACAUACCAUUGAUGCGUAAAUUGAUAUUUCAAAGGAAAUCUUUUGAGAAAAAUUGUAUGUAAACAUUACUAUGAAAUUGGAUGAAAUUGUUGCAUGGUAUCAGAAAAAGAUUGGCACCUACGAUAAGCAGCAAUGGGAGAAAACAGUUGAGCAGAAAAUUUUAGAUGGUUUUAACAGUGUUACACUUAAAAAUGCAAAGCUCAAAACAGAUCUGAUUGACGUCGAUUUAGUUAGAGGCUCCACGUUUCCUAAGGCCAAGCCCAAACAAUCUCUUAUAACUGUGAUACGUUUGGCUUUAUUACGUUACUUCUUCUUGCCUGUGUUUUCACGAUGGUGGGUCAAGCAAACAUCACCAAAUACAUUCGCUGUGCUCCUUCUAAUGUACAUUACACAAAUGGUCACUUGGGCAGUAUACACCUUCAAUGUGCAUCGCUUUGGUGGCAUCGAUAACUCAAAAUCACCAGCAUCACUUAUGGACACAAAUUUGACCAGGAGUAAUGCGACCAAGGCCGAUGCCGAAUAUGCGACUAAUCUUGAAGAAGAAGAGCACGUUGUCACUUUAUCGGACCUGAUUAUACCCAUGGUACUGGGCAUGCUGCUCAGUUUUAUACACUCGCAAAUAGUGGCAACCAAUAUUUUAACUAGUGCAAAGUCCAAGCAUAGACGCUGUUCGAAUGCCAGCCAGAGUGGUAGACCACCACGACAGAAUGGUGAGAAUCGUGUACGCAGACGAAAAAAACUGGUGAGAGUGCGGAGUCAAGAGUCUACUGAUGCCUCGACGCAGCAACAGCAGACAGCAGAAGUGCUACAACAGCAACAGCAACAGACAGCCACUACACAGAGCUCACAGCAAACACGCUUAUUAUGUGCCAUGCAAAGAAUGCAAACGAAUUCUGAGAAGCUAUCCAAAAUAACUAAUGCCACUACUAAUGUCGUGGAUUCGGCGCUAAGCAAUAGUGCUGCCGAUGCAAACGACUCCACAACAAUGCCAAAGAAACGGCCACCAGUGCCGCCGAAAAUAGCACCAGCUCGUAUAGGCAGUGCAGAGACCUUCAACAACACGACCACCACCACGACCGGUAUACGACGCUGCAACAGUCCCGCCAAACUGAAGCUUGAUCUCAAAUGCGCAACGGUAAUGACGACAAGUGCUGCAGAUUUCAGCAGCACAAGCACCGAUUGCAAUACCGAUAAUAAUAGCCCUACAAGUAGUCAUAGUUUAGGAAGUAAGAAACGAAAUGUUAAUUGGCACUCGCCAAUACAUAACUUUGCCAUAGUGAGUAGCGAACCGACUGCGAUAAGCACACAAGAGAAGCACCAACAAACCUCGCCACAAUCGUUGUCAUCCCCCUCCGGAUCAGCCUCCGUAUCGGCAGCAACUACAACUAACACCAGUGAAACAAACUCUCCGAAUACAACAUGCGGCUCAACAGGAACCGUGCGUAAUAGUGGUGGCGCGAUCGACACCAGCUCCACCACUUCUAGUGCUGACUGCUCUCCCGGCUGCAAAACGGUACGCAUCGAUACGUGCGUACAAGAAUUCUAUGAUGACCUCAUUAGACGCACUGAUCGCCUAGUUAGUGCACAUCAAAGGGAAUGUAUGGCGGAUCAGAACGCAGAAGGGGCACUUAAUAAUAUUUCCUUGGCGACACCGGCCGCAACUCUUAACAACAACCGGCGCCAAAUCUGUGAAGAUGAUGGCUUUGAGAGUCUGAAUGGCAAAAGUUCAAGUGGAGAGGAAAUGAAUAUAGCGUUACCGGUGUCGUAUGCAGAGAAACCGCAACUGUCCGAAGAGAACAAACUUCGUUUGCGAUUAAAUGCAAACAACCGGGUAGAACGAGUGGAAGACACCAGCAGUUAUGAAGCAGAGCCACAAUCAGGCGCUUAUUAUCGCCUCAAACCGCUGAAUGAAAAAACUCGGCCGUGUGAAAUUUAUCAGCCAGCGAGGAAACUGAAUGUUGCAAUUGGAGCGGAUAUAAGCAGUGGCGACACCGAUGAAGAAGGUGAUGACGGAGAGACUAUAUCAAGUCCUGCUUCGCUGGGCAACGUCUCUAAUUAUACGGAGUGUACAACCUCCGCUACAGAAUGGCUUGGUGUUACAACAAAUAGUGAAGAAUGCAGUUACAGUUCAGAGUUGGAGAAUUCUGAUAACUACAAAAGUAAUCAGUUUUCAGAUGAGGAUGGAUACGAUGCAGAUUUCAUGCCCACAACUAUAUUGAAUCCGCACGGCACAUCCGAUCGCAUCAGUUGCACGGUUUGGGAACAACGCGAGAUAAAGAAAGCUCAAAUGUCCGUGCUUGAGAUUUCAUCUUGCAUUAUCGAGCGCGUUGAGUCAAUGCCAGAGACCAAUGAUUACAUCUAUAUUGGUCUGGGUUUCUCAUUUAUUCUCUCAUUAAUACCAUCGUUUUGUCGACUUUGUGAGGUAACAAUCGACAGCUCCAAUGCGAGUGAAAUUAAUUAUCUCGAAGUACCUAUGCUGCUGUGGCAGAAAGCGGCAUUUUCCUUGUGGACAAUAUUUGGCUUUGCCUUCGGUAAUACUCAAUGGGAGCGCACUGUAUUGGUGAUAAGCUUCCUACAGCGGCUCUGCCUCACCACAAUUCUUUUUAUUGUGUUCGCUGUAGCGGAACGUACUUUUAAACAGAGAUUCCUCUAUGCUAAGCUCUUCUCACAUCUGACAUCAUCACGUCGAGCACGUAAAUCCAACCUGCCACAUUUUCGGUUAAAUAAGGUGCGAAAUAUCAAGACUUGGCUUAGUGUUCGUUCAUAUCUCAAGAAACGUGGCCCACAACGUUCCGUUGACGUCAUUGUGUCAGCCGCAUUCAUAGUCACCUUGCUAUUGCUGGCUUUUCUCAGUGUAGAAUGGCUUAAGGACUCAGUUCAUUUACACUCCCAUUUAAAUCUAGAAGCGCUAAUGUGGUCUACGACAAUUGGGAUAUUUCUAGUCCGAUUCAUGACUCUGGGCAACAAAAUACAUCAUAAAUAUCGAAGCGUCUCUGUUCUAAUUACCGAACAAAUAAAUUUAUAUCUACAGAUUGAACAAAAACCCAAGAAAAAGGACGAACUCAUGGUGUCCAACAGUGUGCUUAAACUGGCUGCUGAUCUGCUAAAGGAAUUGGAAUCACCUUUCAAAAUAUCUGGGCUUAGCGCCAAUCCCUAUUUGUUCACCACAGUAAAAGUUGUCAUACUCUCAGCUUUGUCAGGAGUAUUGAGCGAAAUGUUAGGCUUCAAAUUGAAACUUCACAAAAUUAAAAUUAAGUAAAUUACAAAAUACACGGAACAAAUUCUUAAUAUCGGAAUGAUGUAACAUAAAGUCCACAAUGUAUUUGAAUCGUACGUAUUCAAUGGAAGUAGUAGCAGCACUGAGUUACAAAAUUUAUGUUUAAACACACAUUUUGUUAUUUAAAAUAUUUCAAGUGGUCUUAUUUUUACUCUGAUAAUUAAAUGCAAUGUUUUAAUACAACACCUUUCAUAAGGAUGCAAUUAAAUUAGAAAUCUCUAGAGUCAAAAUAAUGAAUAAAAUAAAUAUGUAUUUAAUUUUAAAUAAUAAAGAAUGAUGCAAACGAAAUAUUUGCUGAAAUGAAA